AAUGUCGGGCGGUAUUCGAGUCCGGGACCCAAUGAAAUCAUUCGGAUCGGGAAUGUACGUGGGCAAUACAAAAACAUUGUUGUCGUAAAUAUUGCGCGAUUUAUAUACAAAAUUUGAAAUCUGGAUAAUUUUGACUGAAAAUGAAUGGCUUACACACUGUUAAAAUUUGAAAUAGGUGUGUGGUGUAAGGAUACAGUGUAAUUUAAGAGGAACGCUUGACUUUUCGUGGCCUAUUGGUGAAUAAUUUAUUUCUGUGGUUAAAAUGACCGCAUCCACAAUGAUUGAAUUGGAAUCCUGGAUAAUAUACCAAUGUGUCCUGAACGAGUGCCACGUCUCCAGCUCGAUGGACGGCGGUGCGUGGUGCGCCCGCGACAUUUCGCUGCGCGCGCAGAAAAAGUUCCUAUCAAGGGUAGGCGGCGUGGCCAGCGCAAGGGCACUAGUGCUCGACGAACAUGCCGCCAAACUCCUCGAUCAGUUUUUGACGGUUCUUCGCGAGCGAUUGGAAAAGCGAGAAGCGGAGAAACUGGUGAAGCAUGUCAUCAAGGCAGCGGUGAAGCUGGGGGUGCUACGGCGGCACGGACAUCUCUCCCCCGCUGACGACAGGGCACUAGCUGCAUUUCGCUCAAAAUUCCAUACGGUGCUGAUGGCUGUCGUAUCUUUCUGCGAGGUAGAUUUCUCGUACGAUCGUGGAUUCCUGCAGGACGCCCUGCGUGAAUCACAUCAGUCACUCAAGUCAGUGGUGGAGAGGCAUUUGUCAGACAAGUCAGUUUCGCGGCUGGCAGGAGUGUUCGCGCUAGUCAGUCGCGCCGAGUUACUAGAUUCUCUGUUCGCGGGAGCCGUGUCAGCCGACGUACAAGCGCUCGCUCGGCUUCUCCGCCGCGAACUCGAUCGUGGCCUGCUCUAAGGUGCCUCUUACACUAUCUCCGAGAUUCUAUUCUCUUCUAUUCUUCGUGGGAACCUUCCUAAUGUUAUCUCCACAAAUGGAGAUUUGUAUUCGGCAGUCUGAAGGAGAACUGCGUCACGCAUGACACUUCGGCGUCGAAACUUCGUUAGGCAGUUGUCGACUUUACUCGUGUGUUUGCACUGUUGAUAGAAAGCAUUGGAUUGAAGUUAUUGAGAAUGGACUUUUUAUAAUUUCUUUGUAAAUUGCGUACUUGUAUCUGUUGCUGAUAACAUUUUGUGUAAUCAAAAGUAACUUUCUUAGUUUAUAAAUAGACACAAUGCUUCUAUUUUUUCACCUCUCGCACGUAUUUCAAGAGAAUAUCUAGAUACUUAUUAUGUAUAGAUAAUUGUAUAGAUUGAGUCAACAUAGCUCUCUCGUCUUAUAUUGUUAAUAAUUUUAAGUUAAGAAUUUUAAUAUUAUUGUUUU